GACAACUUGUCCCCCAAAAGGUCUGUGCACAGCCCUGUUUGCAGUUUGGAGGUUGCAGCGUCUGAACCAUGUUCUCCACGGCCACUUCAUACAAGAACCAGCAUUACUCUGACCUGAAGAAGGAAUGUCUGGAGGACAAGAAACUGUUUGAGGAUCCAGAGUUUCCAGUUACCAAUGCAUCCCUGUUUUACAGGAAACCACCUCCUGGUAUCGUGGAGUGGAAGAGACCAAGGGAAAUCAGCAAUGAGCCUCAUCUGUUUGUGGAGGGCAUCAGCUCCCAUGACCUGAACCAAGGCCUUGUGGGUAACUGCUGGUUUGUGGCGGCAUGCUCCUGCUUGGCACUGAAACCAGACCUCUGGCAGAAGGUCAUCCCUGACUGGAAGGAGCAGGAGUGGGACUCCAAGCACCCUGAGAACUAUGCUGGUAUCUUCCACUUCCAGUUCUGGGUGUUUGGGGAGUGGGUUGAUGUGGUGGUGGAUGACCGCCUGCCCACCAUCAACGGAGAGCUCAUCUACUGCCACUCCAAACUCAACAACGAGUUCUGGAGUGCCCUGCUUGAAAAAGCCUAUGCCAAGCUCUCUGGCUGUUAUGAGUCUCUGGACGGGGGCAACACUGGGGAUGCGGUUGUUGAUUUCAGUGGAGCCGUGGCAGAGGCCAUUAACCUGGAGGCUGAAGUUUUCCACAAAGACCAGGAGAAAAUGGACAACCUGUUUGAGGACUUGCUCAAAGUCUACGACAGGGGUGGAAUCAUCAGCUGCUCCAUCAAGGCGUCUCCUUCUGAAAGCGAGGCUUGGAUGGCGUGUGGGCUAGUGAAGGGCCAUGCCUACUCAGUGACUGCAGUGAAGAAGGUACGGUUGGGCCACGAUCUGAUGGCCUACUUCCAGAACAAGUCCAUCCCCCUGAUCCGCAUGAGAAACCCGUGGGGAAAAACAGAGUGGAACAGAGCCUGGAGUGACAGUUCAGCAGAAUGGGAAAAGGUUGGCAGCAUGGAGAGGGAUAAGCUUGGCAUCACAGUAGAAAACGAUGGGGAGUUCUGGAUGGCAUUUACAGACUGGUGUAAGUACUUCACGGACGCAGACGUGUGUCAUCUCAUCAACACCUCUCUGCUCACCAUCCACAAGACAUGGCACGAAGUGAUGCAUUUCGGGAGUUGGACCAAGCAUUCAGACCCCCUGCACAACCGCUGUGGAGGCUGCAUGAACCACAAACAUACCUUCCUACAGAACCCACAGUACCUGCUUGACAUGACCAAGGAGGUGGACGAGGUUCUGAUCUCCCUACAGCAGAGAGACAUGAAGAUCCACAGACGAAUCGGCCAGGGAGAGAACCUCACCAUCGGCUUCGCCAUCUUCAAGGUGGAACUGAACAGAAAGUACCGCAUGCAUAAGAUCAUCACCCAGAUGAACGUGCAAACGUCGAAGUACAUCAACACCCGCACAGUGUUCAUGAGGGUCAUGCUCCUUAAGGGCCGCUACAUCAUCAUCCCCUCCACCUUAAAUCCUGAGAUUCUGGGAGAGUUCAUGCUGCGUGUUUACACUGAUGUAGACUCAGGAUGCAGAGAGCUAACAGAACACAAGCCCAGGAUGAGGUGUUGGAGUGCGUUCACUGGCUACCCCCAUGCUGUGUCCCAGAUCUACGUCCACGGAGCAGAGGGGCUGGAGAACCAGGACAGCACAGGGGGUGCAGAUCCAUAUGUGAUCGUGUCCUGUGAGGGCCACUCAGUCCGGUCAACAGUUAAGGCAGACACCCUGGACCCGGUGUUUGAGACCAGAGCCAUCUUCUACAGAAAGAAGCCCAGGAAGCCAAUCACUGUGGAGGUGUGGAAUAGUAAUGCUGUGAAGGACCAGUUCCUGGGCCAAGUGGUUCUGACAGGCUCAUUAAAGGACUCCACCAACCCCCAGAGGCUCCAGCUAAGGAAAAGGGGCAGAGCGAUGGCCGACGAGAUGCCUGGCUCCAUCACCCUCCGCAUCGUAACCUGCACCGAGCUCACAGAGAUGUGACCUGGAUCAGCUAACUACUACCUGGGACACAUUGACAAUGUAAACAACACUCUGUCGCCUCUUCCUUACAAUAACAAUGCCAGACGGAGACUUUGGACAGGAGCUUAUCACUACAAGACUUAAUAUGGUUGUCAGAAUGACUAUCAACAUGAGCUCAUAAUCUAUUAAGGACUGGCAUGGUCAUGGACCAAGAAGAAACUUCAAGCCUUCUGGAGUUAUUUUUUAAAACUGUUAUUGCAGUAUUUUGUGUUUUGAAAGAUGAAUGAAUGUGAAAAAGUCAGCAUGAAGCAAGACAAAAUGCAAUUAUUAUAUACUAGACUAUACACUAUGAAACACAAUAGCUCAUUGAAGUGAUACAUACAGUGGGGAAAAAAAGUAUU